UGGGGCUUCUUCCUGUGCCCGGGCUUGAGGCUCCCCUCGGGUAGCACGGCACUGUUAGGGCGGCGAUCGCUGUGAACGGCAGGGCUGUCGGCGGGCCGCGGAGGAUGAUCGGCCUUCUGGGUGUGACGACCCUGGUUCUGGUCGCCGGGCCGCCGUGGGAGUUGCGCGCAGCCGCAGGAGGAACAAAUCUAAAACCUCCUCAAAAUGUAGAAGUCUCCAUCAUCGAUGACACCUUCAUCCUGCAGUGGGACGGCAGAAGUAGCCCCGGCAGGAACGUGACUUUCUCAGCAGGUUACCAAACAUUAGAGAUGAAUAAUUGGAUGGAAUUGCCUGGGUGUCAGUGUGUUGCUAGUACCAACUGCGACUUUUCUUCUCUCAACACAAAUGUUUAUGACAAAGUUAAAUUGCGUAUAAGAGCAGAAGAAGGAAAUAACACCUCCCCAUGGCAGGAGCUUGACUGGUUCAUACCGUAUCUGAAAGCUCAAAUUGGUCCUCCAAAAGUACGUUUAGAAGCCGAAGAUAAGGCAAUAAUAAUAAACAUCUCUCCUCCGGGAACAAAAGACAAUGGCAUGUGGGACAUGGACAAGUCAAGCUUCCGGUACAGGAUCACCUUCUGGGAGGACGCUUCGGGCAGACAGACAACCGUGGAAACUGCUUAUCCCAAGUACCUAAUUACUGAUCUCUCUCCCACCACAACUUAUUGCUUAAAAGUGAAGGCGAGAAUUUUCCUGUUGAAAAAGCACGCGGUGGACAGCCCUGUGUACUGCGUGAAUACCACAGUUGAAAACGUGGACAAACUGCCUCCACCAGAGAACGUACGAGUCAGUGGGGAAAAUCAGUCCUAUGUUAUUCAGUGGAAUUACACACACAAGAACGUGACUUUCCAAGCUCAGUGGCUCCCUGCCUUUUUCAAAAAAAGACCCGCAGACUACGAGGCAAAGUGGACACUGGUACCAGGCUGUGACGGCGCAAGAGCUGCCCAGUGUGUCUUUCCCCAGAGCACCCUCCAAAAAGGAACUUACUUUUUCCGUGUGCGAGCCUCCAGCGGGAAUAGCACGUCUUCGUGGUCCAGAGAGAAGGAGUUUGACACCGAAAGCCAGACUGUCCUCCUCCCUCCCGUCGUGAUCAUGAAAGCUGUUAACAGCAGCUCCCUGCGAGUCUUUAUCGGCUCUCAAAACAAGUCUGCGCACCAGCAUUACCUGCUGACCUAUGAAAUUAUUUUUUGGGAAAACACUUCAAAUGCUGAGAGGAAAAUUGUAGAGAACAGGACAGACUUCACUCUUCCGAACCUGGAAGCGCUGACCAUGUACUGCAUCAAAGCCAGGGCGCUCCUGAAGGCCAAGAAGUGGAACAACAGCAGCGAGUUCAGCGAGACCACGUGCGAGAGGACAAAACCAGGAAGCUCCCACCGCGCCUGGCUGGCGGCUGUCCUCUGCGUCAUGCUGGCUGCCCCGCUGCUCCUGCUCACCCUGUGGGGCCUCCGGAGACUGGUCAACUACGUGUUCUUCCCCAGUAGUGUGCCUCCCUCCACCAUCGACGAGUACAUCUCCGAACAGUCACUGAAGAACAUACUGCUUUCCACAUCUGAGGAGCAAACUGAAAGAUGUUUUAUAAUUGAAAAUGGAGACACGAUCGCCACCAUAAAAGAAACUAACCAGACUGAAGAUCACAAAACGUACAACUCCCAGACUAGUCAGGAUUCAGGAAACUACUCUAACGAAGAUGCAGACAAUGUCAGCAGAGCGAGCAACGGCUUCGGGCAGGAGGACAGCGUGUGGCAGGGAUGAGCUCCGGCCCAUCAGGGGUGAGGCUGGCCUCUGCCGCCGGCCUCGGGCCCCGUCUCCCGGGCCUGGCGGGGGCCAUAUGCUCGUUGGGGAAGACACACCUUUGCGUCAUGGGUCCUAAAAAUACAGGCGUGGGCCUAACCUGUGUACAGAGCAAGCUGCAGGAAUCGGGGGGCCAGCCUUCAGCGUCACUUCCCACGGGGCAUCUCCAAAGCCCUGUCCUCGGGCCUGUCUUACAGGAGUCUGUUCCCAAAGAUGCCCGGUCUCCCUGCGGGACCCGCGUCAGCGCGGCACACUUUGGAGCCUUGGGGAGUCUCUGUGCCCCUGUCAGCUGGGGCUGUCACGGUGCUGCUGGGUGCUGUGUUGUCCCUGGCACCCAACAUUCUCCAUUCCGAGGAGACCUUUAUGUCUCAGGAGAUGUUUAGAUGUUUGGCUUUGUCUUCUGACGCUGGAGUGGACCCCAGGAAAUUUCUUUAGAAAUGCUGGCAACCACUGCCACGGAAAAGAUUUUCUGAAAAAAUAGCUCACCCUAAACAACAUUCUCAGGUGUCAGAACGUGAUACUUAAAGUUUCUCUGAGGAGUUCUACCCAUUCCUCCCAAGAGCGUUGGCUCCUAUGUGACAGCUCCCUGAACUUCCACAGUUCAGGGGUCAAACCAGUGAUUCUGCACAGUCAUUAAGCAGCCUGAUUCCUACCUUAUUAGAGUGACAGCUGCUGAUCAGAAUGUGCAGUGACUGAAGUUACAGAGAAAUAGGAUGCUACGCUGAUUUUUUAAGGAAUGGGAGAGCGAAGAACUUAGUGACAGGGUGUGAAGGUGCCGAACAGGAGAAAUCUUGGACAUGACAGUUAAAAGACACUGGUGAGUUCUGGCUGGUGUGGCUCAAUGGAUUGAGCACCGGCCUGAGAACCAAAGGGUCGCUGGUUCAAUUCCCAGGCAGGGCACAGGCCUGGGUUGCGGGCCAGGUCCCUAGUAGGGCGCGUGCAAGAGGCAACCACACAUGGAUGUUUCUCUCCCUCCCUCCCCUUUCUCUAAAAAGAAUAGAAAAUCUUAAAAAAAAAGAAGAAAGGAAGGAAGGGAGGGAGGGAGGAAGG